AUGGAUGAUUCAAAAGAAACACCUCAAUCAAUACCACUGAGGGAUUUAUCGGUGAGUGUAAACGGUGUACAGGCUUCUUUUGCUGAUGAUGACAAGGCCUACUAUUUAUAUGAUGUUGAUAAUGAUGAACAACAUCAAUCUGCGUCUAGAGAUUUAGAUAAUGCUACGCCAAAAACACUUGCACUGUGCAACCGUUAUCCGUGUCAUUAUGGCUUUUAUGUCUAUUUUCCAUCAACAACCAUCGAUGAUGAUGAUGAUGAUUUAAUUCCAUUUCAUCGGAAAGCAUUUAUGGACAAGGUAUCACGCCUACAAAAUCCAGAGUAUGUUAAAGAAGUUCUCGGAACUAAAUGUACCCAUGAUGCCUAUUCUGAUCGACGGAUACGUUCAAUUGAAUGA